AUGUUUUCAAAAACUGCCGAAAAGCCAUCUAAGAAGGUGAAAUCAGCUCUGCUAAGUACGACUGUAAUCUCAACAUUUCACAGAAACGCAUUAUUAGCGAUAUCAGCUAAAAACGAUUUCACGCCUAGACGAUCGCCUAGGAAGCAAUCGUCUGAUCAGCUAUGGUUAUGUGUUGCUAAAACUGAUCCAUCCAAGAAAACAUCAUUUGCAGACACAUUAGGACUUAAAAUUGGGCAAAUAGUAAUUUCGUUACAAGAUGGUAAACAAACUUCAUUGAGAGAUUUCUUAGGAAAAGUGCAAGCUAUCAAUUGUAAUGGUCAAGUGAAAUACUAUUUACCACGAAAAUAUCCAAAUUCAACAGAUCCACCUCCACAAGAAUCUGACAUUGUACUGAAUGAUCGCUGUGGUCUCAGAAACGGCCUGACUGUUAGGGUUCGUUCACAUCGCAUAUGA